UAUCAAAUCGAUGUCAUCAUUCAAAUGAACGCAAUUUACCUGGUGAAUAACACUGGUCAGAAUGUAGAGUCAAUCCUAAAAUCACUAGAAUUUAGUAGCCGUCAAUAUUUUGUAAAAUCGUACGUUAAUAAACUUUCAGGAAAAAAUGAAUAUUGCCGUUUCUAUAAGUUGCCUUUUUGUCACAAUGGCACUUUUUGUCCGAGGAUAUCCGACAGGCGCGCCGCCUGAAGCUUGCCGCCAAAUGAUACCGGGACAUGGGGUACCAGCGCAAACAGGAACAAGUAACCCUUACAGAAUAAUGACAACUAAAACAACCUUCAGUUGUCCAGGGGAUACGGUUACAGUUACGGUAACUGGUAACAGUUUUCGUGGUUUUCUUUGCCAACCCGUUCCAAAUACCGGAGAGUUGCUACAAAAUCCACAGGAUCCAGUACAAAAACAAAAUAAAUGUGGCCAGAUGGCGUCUCUCACGCAUGAUGACAAUUCUAUUAAAUCAAGUGUCUCAUUCAUCUGGAAACCACUUACAACUCAGUCUGUCAAUAUUGUCUGCACUGUUGUUCAAACAAAACUAAACUUCUGGACAAAUGUGUCUUCGACUACAUUAAGAUAUAUUAAAUCACGAUGUCAACCGUCUAGAACUGAAGCGACCGAACAAGCAGGAAGUGAUGUUAAACAAGUGACUGCAGUCAUUAACACUGAAGAUGUUGGAAAAGAUAACGUACCGGACACAAGAGUCAAUGUUCCAGACUCGAGAACGGAUCAAGUACCGGAUACGAAACUGGAUAACAAAUUGGAGGAGAAAGAUGUUCAUGGUACAGAUACUGGUGUGGGUAUUGAUUCAACAGACACUAGAGACAGUGAUGGUAAUAACAUAGGUCACACAACAUCUGUAUUGACGGGAUUUAUGCUUUCACUUGUAGUGUGUCUUUUGAUCUUGUAGACGUCUUUCAACUCUUUGACUUUUAAAGUUAAUACUUACUUGUUGUCAGUCUUUAGUUUAUAGCCGCUAACUCGUGUUUCAUUAUUUUGAAAUUGUUUAAUAUAACUUUUAACGUGGAUGUGAGAAAGAAUGAAGACAAACCGACAAUCACGAGUCAAUAUCCUUAUAAUGAACCUAAAAAUAAGAAUUAACAUUUUACUUUCAAUAAAUACUUUUCACAUAAAUAAAAAAGGAUGUAUUUAAAACGAAUUAAACAGAAUGGUUGUUUUGAAUGAAAGCUGUUUUAAUGAAAAUGAUUAUUGGAAUUUAUAUGUAUGGUUGCUUCUGUAAGAAUGUAAUUCCUCAAGCAUUAGAAGUAAUAAAGUUUGAUGGAUG